CCGCAGCGAGCGAUUGGUGCGUUCAAGUGUCACGCAACACAGUCAGCGGACGUGCUGCCGGAUUCCCGACGAGGGAUUUAAUCAAGUUUUACACAUCUCGCUGUUAGAUUAUCGCAGGAAUAACCCACAAUGACCAACCGACCAGAAAUGUACUUCAAACAAGACCAGACGACAACAUGUUGGAAAACUACGCCACCUGCUGACAGUUUGAUCGCCUGUCGUCGACCUCCGGGAAGUAUAAAUAAAUAUUAUUCUGUGACCUAGUAUUCUGAUGUUUUGUAAGUGAAAGAAAACCAAAGCAUUCGUUAUAGCUUGGGGCACUUACCAACUAUAUUCCUGUAUGAUAUUUUAAGGCUACAGUUUGUGUUGCUCUUGGUUUAUAUUUAAUUAUUUAGAGGUGUACUAUCUUGUCCAACCAGUUAUAUAUAUUGGUAUUCCAAUACAAGGCAAUUCAUCAGAACUACAUACUCCAGAAUUACUUAGAUGUUAAGUAAAAACAGCCUUCAACAGCUUUAACAAAAACUGAAUAUCAUAACUUAAUUAAGGUAUGAUUCAUUACAUACAUUUCAAAAGACAUAUUCAUAUUACAAUCUAUCAAAAAGAUGACUCUUAUGUCUAUUUUCCUCUGUAACAAUACAUUUAUAAACAGGUUCAUGCUCACAUCUCCGGUAUGGAGCAGUGGUGUCAUCAUAUAUAAAGAGUUGGUGGCGCCAUCUACUGGCCAGUGUCAACAACGUCACUUGCAGUCUGGACUACAUGUGACAUUAUGAAAUCGUCACACACACGUAUUACUGUCUCACACAAAGAAGCUGCCAAGUCGUUUUACCCGAUACUAAUAAAUCAACUUCAGGGCAGUGCUGUGAUAUACUAAUGUCUCAAUACAUGUACUGAAACAUCCACUUAGUUAAACACAGGAUGCCCUUGAUUCUCCUGGAUAUGAAAUGAUAUAUUUACUUCGAUCAGUUUCUUUCUGAGUGCGUUGAACACAGUCAAUCCACGGCAUCGGGCCUUUGUGAACUGUUAACUUGUAUGCCGCCGGUACGGCAACGAUACAGUGUGCGCGUGUGUGUGUGUGUACGUGUGCGCGCGCACGUGUACUGUCCGUUAUUUUCCGGGUUGUGUGUCUCAUGUCUUGUUCUGCUGCAGCCGCCAGAUGACAUUUGUCCUGAGGAGGUGAGGUCAAAUUUGACUAUCUCACUCUCUCUCACUCUCUCCCUCCCUUUCUGUCUCUCUCUCCUCCCCCCCCCCUCUCUCUGUCUGUCUGUCUGCUAGAGAGGCGUCUAACUAGCGCAGAAUCAUCCUCAUCAUGGCGGAUCAAGGCGAAGCUCCGGCUUCUGUCCUCCACCCGCAACCAGCGCUGACAACCAGCUGGCCAAUUACCAGGGAGUCGUACGAGCUGCAGGAAGUCAUAGGCAGCGGGGCCACAGCUGUGGUGCAGGCAGCCCUCUGUACCCCCAGACAGGAGCGCGUCGCCAUAAAGAGAAUAAACCUGGAAAAAUGCCAGACCAGCAUGGAUGAGCUAUUGAAAGAAAUCCAAGCUAUGAGCCAGUGCUACCAUCCCAACAUUGUCACCUAUUACACCUCCUUUGUAGUGAAGGAUGAACUUUGGUUAGUCAUGAAGCUUCUGAGUGGAGGCUCAAUGCUGGACAUAAUUAAGCACACAAACAAAGAAGAGGACAGAAAUCGAACGCUCGAUGAGCCGAUAAUUGCUACUAUAUUAAAAGAAGUUCUCGAGGCCCUGGACUAUCUGCACAGACAUGGACAGAUUCACCGGGAUGUGAAAGCUGGGAACAUACUACUGGGAGAAGAUGGAUCAGUUCAGAUUGCAGAUUUUGGAGUAAGCGCAUUCCUAGCCACAGGGGGAGAUAUGACUAGAAAUAAAGUACGAAAGACCUUUGUUGGCACGCCAUGCUGGAUGGCGCCGGAGGUGAUGGAACAGGUUCGAGGCUAUGAUUUCAAAGCAGAUAUAUGGAGCUUUGGAAUUACAGCCAUAGAGUUAGCAACAGGCUCUGCACCCUAUCACCGCUACCCUCCCAUGAAGGUUUUAAUGCUCACUCUUCAGAAUGAUCCACCCACUCUAGAGACGGGCGUAGAAGACAAGGAAAUGCUAAAAAGAUACGGCAAAUCGUUUAGAAAGCUAAUAACUAUGUGCCUUCAGAAGGAUCCUGCCAAAAGGCCAACAGCCGCAGAGCUUUUGAAGUGUAAAUUGUUCCAAAAGGCCAAGAACAAAGAAUAUUUGGUUGAAAAGCUUUUGUGUCGCGCACCAAAGAUCUCCCAGAGAGCCAAGAAGGUGAGGAGAGUCCCGGGCUCCAGUGGCCACCUGCACAAGACAGAAGAUGGAGACUGGGAGUGGAGCGACGACGAGCUGGAUGAGAGCAGCGAGGAGGGCAAGGCGGCGGUGAAUCAGGGCAGGUCACGAAGGGUCAGAGAUGAGGCCAAAGAUAAUGAGGAGAAUGUCAACAAUAUCUCUAUUGAAGGGUUGUCUAUUCAGCAUCCCCAGGUUGAGCCGUUUGGGAACUCACCCAACAUGCAAGGUGCUUUGAACAUGGUGCUUCGGCUAAGGAACUCUAGAAAGGAGCUUAAUGACAUCCGGUUUGAAUUCACGCCCGGGCGAGACACAGCUGAGGGCGUUUCCCAGGAACUGUUCUCGGCCGGCCUGGUCAACGGGCAGGAUGUUCUUAUUGUUGCUGCUAACCUUCAGAAGAUUGUAGAUGACCCAACUACCUACAAAGUAUUGACCUUUAAGCUGGCUUCUGGCUGCGACGACUCGGAGAUCCCUGACGAGGUGAAGCUGAUCGGCUUUGCACAGCUGAGUGUGAGCUGAUGGCCUCUUCGUGCCGGUUGCAGGUGAGACAGUGGGGAGACCGUUCAGACAGACUGAGGAACAUACCAUCACUUCCCGAAACAUCUUCACCCACCACCCUCCCUCACUCCUUUUCACCUUCCCUGACCCCAAGCUCGGCCACCGCCCCACCUACACCUCCUUAGCGCCAACUUACCUGCUUACUGUCCCCUGACCUUUCACCUGAAAAACAUUCCACCGCCUAGCGCUCAGAGCGGAUCAGGAGACAGCCCAGGAACUUAAAGAUGCACUCAGGUGGUGACACAAGGUGAUUAAGAUGUAGCUUUGAAUGUGUUCUUUUUAUUUCUUUUUUCUUCUACUUGUUUUACGUCACAUUACCUUUGUGUUCAGCAAAGCUCUCAUUGAAAUGAGAAAGUAUUUUUACGUUUCUCAUGCCGUUUUGUUGCCAUAGUGAAAACUAUUUGACUGGCAUCUCACCAACACACUCGAUUGUGAUGUUUCCCGAAGGUCUUUUGGCUGAAUGUUAUAUUUAGUUAAUUUAUGGGGGAAAGCACAUUUUCACAACAACAUAAUGAAUGUCUAAAAAGAGAAUGAGUUGUAUUUCUGUGUCAAGCUGCCAUGUGCUUGAGAGUGGAGGAUAAAAAAAGAAGAGACCUGGAUGCUCCUGUGUUUAAUUUGCUGCUCUUCACAGUGCUAAAGCUUCAGAGAUGUUAGAGGUGCCUUGUUCAUUUUUCUGUGCCUAAGAAAGUAGACAAUGAGUGAGCAUACACAAAGAGCCGAACCUGCUGAUGACCAUUUCAGUUCUAAUCAAGCAUUUUAACUUAAUGAGACGAGCUACAAUGCACUUUUGGGCUGAGUGUGUGCACCCAAUGAGCAAAUGCUUAGCCCCUGGAGACGAGUUAACGUGUGUGCUUUUGUCAUCAGACAAAUACAACUGAACAGAACCUGCAGUCAUGUAAUCAGCUCUGGUCGACUUGUCUUGAGACGACAGGUUCAUUGACAAAACCACAACCGUUUGAUUUUCUUGCACUGUCCUGCUGCACUACAAAACCCUUUGUUUCCAAAAAUUUAGUACUUAAUUAAAUGUACUGUAUGACAAUGCAUCUGGGGAUGAAACCAAAAGGCAACUAUUGAAAGGGUGACAAGCCAUUUGUUUGUCCAAAAAUGUCCAGCUUUAAAUUAUUUGUAAGUAUUGAAAUGGUAAAUAUUAACUUCUACUUAAUUCUUUAUUAUGAAGUAAUUUAUUGUGUUUUCUAUGUACAGUAUGUGUCCCAUUUCAGCAUAUAACCCCUGUUCCCUCUCUGUAAUCAGCUGAUGUCAAAUUUCUGACGAAAAGCCACAAUAAAGAAUUGCUAUUAUUUA